AUGUUAGUGCUUGUGAUUACACUAAUAAUGGUGAUAGGGUAUCAAGAGGGAGAAGCGAUACAAUGUUCUCAGGUAAACAUGUACUUAGCACCAUGUUUGGCUUACCUAAGAGGCGGAGGAAACCCAUCUCCACAGUGUUGCGGUGGACUGAACAGUCUAAAAGCGGCGGCGCCAGGAACACCGGAUAGACAAGCAGCUUGUCAAUGCUUGAAGACUGUUGCUACUCAAAUCCCAGGAAUCAGUGAUGACAAUGCCAAACAACUCCCUACUAAAUGUGGUGUUAAUUUGGGUGUCCCUUUCUCCAAGAGUGUCGACUGUAACACCAUAAACUGA